GAGGUCUCAUAAUAGUAAAACGUCAACCAAUAGCAUGCUGGACUAGGAGGGUCUAUUAAUACAGUUAGGUGAGCGAAGUAGAUUCAGUUGAGAUGGGAUUGUUGUUAGUUGUCAGUUGUAAGUUUAGAAAAUUGCUUCAUAUGAAUGAAGUAGUGUGGUGAAUGUCAUUUGCUCUGCAGUUAUGUUAUCGAUCAUCCUAAACAAAAUUUGAUAAAUAUCCAUGAAAUCGUCUCUCUCUCAGCGUGUGGUCUUUAUACUAAUUAUUUUUGGAAUAGCUGGAUUUUUUUAUUUGUCAAUACCCAGUUUAGAAAAGAAAUAUUUGCAAACGAUCAAAGAAUAUCCGCAUGUUGACUAUAAUGAACUCCAGAAAAUCGUCCAAGCAGAAAUUCAGCAGAUAGAUUUAACUUUCCUAAAAACAUUACAGGACAGUGGAAUUCAAGUUUUUCUAAUCGAACCACGUCUUCUAUUAUAUUUUUUGAAUGAAGAUGAUUUAAAAAUUUUAGAAAAAAGAGAAGUUAGAACGAAGCAUUUUUAUGAACGCUUUAACAUAACUAGUUAUGGAAUUUUUGAAAAUAGUUCUAAUAGUAUAAAUGAUAAUGUGGUCUCCUUAUUUGAGCAUUUGGGAUAUCGCUAUUAUAAAGAGAAAUCUCUAGAUUUUAGAGAAAUACAUUGGGAUGAAAAUAGAAGCCAAAGUCUUUCAAUCACUUCUCAUCAUUUUUUCAUCAAAAAUUAUAGAAUUAUACAUUUGGUUGUUUUCUUCAAUCGAAAUACAUAUUUUUGGAAUCCUAAAUUAGAGAAUGUGCCCGAAGAAGUUCAAAAUAUUCUUCUACCUUCUGAACUUAGUUAUGGAACUCAUGCAUCUGCAUUCGAAAGAUUUGAAGUGAUUCCAUCCAAUUCGACAAUAGAACAAACCAUUUAUGUGCCUUCAGAUCUGACAUAUUUUUUAUUCGAGAUUCCGUCCUCGAAUUUUCACGAAUGUAAUUUUGUAAAUGUUAAAACUUUCUUUUCAAACAAUGAAUAUGAAAACGAUGCCAAAUUUGAUGAUAAAGUUCGUAGAGCAAUCGAAACUUUAAAAGUCAUAUUAAAACCUUUUUACAUUUCAUUUUGGAUAGGUAGUGGGACUUUAUUGGGUUGGUAUCGUCAAUGCGGUGUUAUCCCAUAUACAAGUGAUGUGGAUUUUGCCAUUUGGAUCAGAGAUUUUGAUACUGAUUUAGAUAAAUAUAUGAAAAAGCAGAAAUUUAUGAAAUUGAAAUACGUUUUUGGAGUGCCAGAGGAAAGUUACCAAUAUGCUUUCUAUUUAUCUAAACUAAGAAUAGAUCUAUUUUUCACUUAUAAAGGACCUUAUAAUUAUUGGUAUGGAGGACAUAUGCCGAGUUCAAAAAAAUAUUUUCACUAUAUUUAUCCAAAAUUCGUCCUUUGCUCAGCGGAAUUAUUAAAACAAAAAAUCUUAAUUCCUUGUACAACUGAAGAAAUAAUUAUUGCAGAAUAUGGAUAUAGUUGGAUGAAACCAAUUAAACGAUGGAAUUAUGAUGAAUCGGCGUACAAUAUAGGCCCAAAACUCCACUGGCCCGAUAAAUAUAAUCAUACAUUUAUAGUGUAUUGAAAAUGGUAUCUGAUAGCAUGGAAAUGAACUGUGUUCAAUGAAAAGUUUCAAGACUUUUAAUUCAACUUUAUCUGUGAUUUGAAUUUUUAUUUUAUUGUCUACAAGCAGUUACGACGUUAAAUAAUUUAUUAAACGAAAGUCGAUCUUAAUUUUUUACAAACUAUAUUUUCGUGUGUAUAUUUUGAAAUGGAGAUUAUGGGAAAGAAUUCUAUAUUUAAGAAAAAUACAAUUAUUAUUAUUUAUUUUAUAAAAGUUGUAUUUAUAUUUAAAUGAAAAUUAAAUUAGGGAUUUCGUUUGUAUAUAAUUUUACAUCAUCAACUUUAUAGUUUAAAAUAAACUAUAAAGAAUCAAACUCUAUAGUCCAAAAAAAUUCUAGUCCAUUAAGUCUUAAAUGUUUUUCAUUUACAAAUUUUGAUUAUUG